GUAUCACGUGGCCCGCCGGACAACAUGGCUGCGCCCGCGUUAGGGCAGGCUUGUGGACGCUGCCCCGAGCCGGGUCGCGUUCUCUUGCUGCUGCUGCUCUUGCUGCUGUGGGGAGCGGCAGGGAGCGAGAGCGAGGAGGCCGGGACCGGUGCGGGCGCGGGGUCCCUUGCGGGUUCUUGCGGCUGCGGCACGCCCCAGCGGCCUGGGGCCCAUGGCAGUUCGGCGGCCGCUCACCGAUACUCGCGGGAGGCUAACGCUCCGGGCCCGGUACCCGGAGAGCGGCCGCUCGCGCACUCGAAGAUGGUCCUCAUCCCUGCAGGAGUAUUUACAAUGGGCACAGAUGAUCCUCAAAUAAAGCAGGAUGGGGAAGCACCUGCAAGGAGAGUUACUAUUGAUGCCUUUUACAUGGAUGCCUAUGAAGUCAAUAAUGCUGAAUUUGAGAAGUUUGUGAACUCCACUGGCUAUUUGACAGAGGCUGAGAAGUUUGGCGACUCCUUUGUCUUUGAAGGCAUGUUGAGUGAACAGGUGAAGACUGAUAUUCAACAGGCAGUUGCAGCUGCUCCCUGGUGGUUACCUGUGAAAGGUGCUAACUGGAGACACCCAGAAGGGCCCGGCUCUACUAUUCGGCACAGGCCAGAUCAUCCAGUUCUCCACGUCUCCUGGAACGAUGCAGUUGCCUACUGCAUGUGGGCAGGGAAGCGGCUGCCCACGGAAGCUGAGUGGGAAUACAGCUGUCGAGGAGGCCUGCACAAUAGACUUUUCCCCUGGGGCAACAAACUGCAGCCCAAAGGCCAGCAUUAUGCCAACAUUUGGCAGGGCGAGUUUCCGGUGACCAACACUGGCGAGGAUGGCUUCCAAGGAACUGCGCCCGUUGAUGCCUUUCCUCCCAAUGGUUAUGGCUUAUACAACAUAGUGGGGAAUGCAUGGGAAUGGACUUCAGACUGGUGGACUGUUCAUCAUUCUGUGGAAGAAACACUUAACCCAAAAGGUCCCCCUUCUGGGAAAGACCGGGUGAAGAAAGGUGGAUCCUACAUGUGCCAUAGGCUGUUUGAUGUAUCAUCGGCUUCUUCAACCAGCCUGAGGUCUCCAACAAGACAGGACUAUGAUACUACUCAGGUCUCUUCUGUGGACGUACUCAUCCUACUGUUACAGAUAUCGCUGUGCUGCUCGGAGCCAGAACACACCUGAUAGCUCCGCUUCGAAUCUGGGAUUCCGCUGUGCAGCCGACCGCCUGCCCACCAUAGACUGACAGCCAAGAAGAGCCUUCCCCAAUCCAAGAAGGAGUCAUGUCUAGCCUACACUGGGCUGUCCUCAGAACUUUGAACAAUCUCACUCAAAGAAUUCCCACCCUGAGAUGGGUUACAUACCUGCCCAAUGGCCAAAGGAACCGUCUUGCGAGACCAAAUUGCUGACCUGGGUCAGUGCAUGUGCUUUAUUGUGUGCUGCGUCUCUGGAGAUCAUCGCCUUAUUUUACUUUGGAGAGUCUUUAAAGAGGAAGGGGAGUGGAGGGAACCUUCAGAAGGCUGGCAUCCUACCCAGGCUUUGCCACAGGGAUUAGACCCCAGGUUCGACACUUGACCUACCUGGGCCUCAGGUGCCCUCCCCUAUCAAAUGGGGGGAUGGACAGCAUGGUUCUGUCUAACUCACCAAUUCUAAAGAGGAUAGCAGAUUCUAUUGUGACUUCAUAGUGAGAAUUUAUGAUAGAUUAUUUUUUAGCUAUUUUUUUCCAUGUGUGAACCUUGGGUGAUACUAAUCAUGUAAAGUAGGAAUUCUCUUAUGUAUUAUUUUGAGAAAAGGAGGGGUGGUGACUCCUUUAUAUUCAUACUGCACUUUGCUUUUCCAAGGAAAUCAGUGUCUUUUACAUUGUUAUGAUGAAUCCCACAUGGGCCAGUGAUGAUAUGCUGAAGUUCAGCCAUUGAACACACAGGAAUGUCUGUGGGGUGACUCAACUGUGCUUUAUCUUUUAAUAUUAAGUGCCUUUGGUUCAGAGGGGCGGUCAUAAGCUCUGUUUCCUCCUCUCCCCAAAGCCUUCAGUGAAUGUGAAAUGUGUGCUAAAUGGGGAAACCUGCUUAAUUCUAGGUAUAGGGGAGAAUGAGGACCUUGAAUUAGCUAUAUUCAGGGUGUCUGGUAUUUUGUAAUUGGGUAUAGGAAACCUUGUCAGCUAUGGGUUAUCAGAUGCUUUGAAUCAUGCACUAUGUCGAAUAAACUUCCCUGCUAAAUCAGG